GGGGUCGACCAGUGAAAAAAUGAAGGUGGUUAAUUGGCAACAACAACGAAAAAACCCCGCACUAAAGGCGACUCCAGUCAGUGACGCUGACUCGUUGUGACUUACACCUUAGUUGCAUUUUGGUCCAGGGAUGGACACACCACUUCGCCUUCAAACCUCUUUUCCUAUAGGCUGCGGUGUCCCCAAUUUUGUUGCCUUCACCGGGAGGGCAAUACUGUCCAAUCAUCGCACAUCAUUGCCAUGCAACUCCAUCCGGUCCGCCUCACCAGGGAUCAUGGAUCAUGCUGUGGCUUCUGCAGUUGCGAAUUGGCUCAGGGUCAUUUCUCUGCUUUCCCCUUUUCAUCUUUCCCUACAGCUUGCAUGUCAACCGAUGUGGAGAAUGUUCACUUCAUGGCGCCGAAGGUUUUCUCGGCUCUAUGCAGCGUUGCCCACCCCCUUCUCUCCCCAGACAACGCUGUACGUACAUACUUCGUGCCUGGAGGGGUAUCCACGGUUGUAGCCACACGAUCCGAACCCAGGCUCGCGUGAAACCGUCCCAUGGGUCAAGCCCGGCAGGUUCCGCAGCGAAGAAAUGGUUACAUCACGUAACUGAUAUGACUGAUAACAAUAAGUACUGCCGUAUUGAGGUUUACCGCUGGAGGGAGAGAAUACGAUGUUAGAGUGCAAGCAAGCAAGCGUUCCUUACUCGGCGGCUAUGUUGUCACAAGAUUUUACCUCUAUCACAAAUCUCUAGCGGCGAAGGCAUCGCACCGUGUCAAAUGUCGAUCUAUCACUUUGUUUUACCAACGGUGAUACCAACCAACCAAAUAAAAAGGGUUGUCGUAAUGUAGCUAUUAUUCAUCACUCAAUCUUUAGGAUGCUUCCACCAAUCUGACUGUUCGAUAGCG